GAAAGAUUGCAAACGGUCUCCAGCUCUGUGGGAUGUCAUCUUCAUCGCGGGUUUGCUUCAAUUUCGUAUUUGCAGUCUCGAACGUCAUAGCGGUCUGUCCGCCAUGCACCUCGCUGGGGGUGGCCAGAUACCCGGCUAACAGCAGAACGCUGUAGACACUGUGUCGCAGCGUGCUCGGUUGCGAUAGUGCGCUAACUCGCGCUCACUGCAUCACGCAGUCAGGGCAGUCACAAAACUCGCAGACGCCCUCUCAUAAGAAAAUUUCACUGCAACUUGAGCGCGCGCGCCCUCAUCAUGAGUGAACCAGACGCAGAAUCGUCGCCCAAGUCUUCGGAGCCUCAAGACGAGGGCGCUCAUAGCAUUCCAUCAAAUGACACACGUCCUCCGUCUCCGAUCGUGUCGCCAUCAGAGGCACCGCCGGCAGACACCGUCUCGUCGUCAACAAAUGGCGUAACCACGCCCGUAGCCGCCGCGAGCGGUGUGCCGCCGUCACCCUCUCCGGCUCCUGUCAGUCCGGCCGCUGCCACAACCGGUCCUCCACCAGAUCCAAUCUCUGCGGGAAGUCCCGGCUCCGAGGUUUCCAACUCUUCGGAUUGGGUCACAACCGAUUCAUCGCCGAGUCCAAACUCCACAAGCAGUCCCGGUCCCGAUCUUGGUCCUUCUUCAGACCCAACAUCCGGUCACGAACCAAAAGAAGAACAACAACAACAACAACAGCAACAUGAACAGUUGCAAUCGCCAUCGCCGCGCCCAGAUUCGUCCGAGGCCGUCGACGCCAACUCUAAUGCCAAGCAGCUACCUCCCCUCUCCUCCCUAAUCCCACCAGCCCCACAUCACGGCGAUCAGCCCGGGCCCGGCCCGUCCCACCCACACCAUUCGCACCCACAUCCACCACCACCGCCUCCUUCUACCGGUGCUCCGAGCGACGUAGUACCACCACAUGGCUUCUCAUUCCCUCCGACACCAGGCGGGCCACCGCCCGGCACUGGGCUUUACAUCCUCACCUCCGCUCCUCAUCCCUACCCAAACCCUCCGAUCCGGGUCUACCCUCCACCUCAGGCCUAUCCCGCGCCUCAGCCCUAUCCUGCUCCUCAACCUCAUCCCGGUCCCCAUCCUCAUCCCGCUCAUCAUCCCCCAUCAGCACCACUAGCUUCUGAUCUCCAAGUCCAUGCCACCCCCGAAGCUCAAGCCGAAGCCCAAUACAAGCAGAUUUACAGAUCACAAUACAGUCAAGCCCAUCCCAAUCAUCGUCCGCCACCCGUCUAUCACCAGGCACCGCCACCACCACCGCCGCCGCCGCCGCCGCUAUUCAUCUCAUCAUCAGGACAAGUUCCCGGAUCUGACGCCCCGUUUGGUUUCUACCGCUCGCCAGGCAAGGACCCGAAAGAACCGCCUAAGCCAAAGUUCUACCCGCCUUCUUCCAAACCGCUGUUCCAGAUACAGACGGGAAAGGCAACUAACUCGAAAUCGUCCAAACGAAACGGGGUGCAAUGGUACGCGUUGGUUCAAGGCAGAAGUGGAGGAGAGGGACAGCAGCAACAGCAGCAACAGCAACGGAAUCAACAACAGCAACGCCAAGGACAACCAACCAAGAUCAUCUACCAAGAACCCCCACCACGGCCAAGGCAACUCCAACAACUCCCACCAUCAGCUCCAUUACCACCUCAUCUCCAAGCCCAAGCUGAAGCCGAAGCGGCAGCCCGAUACAAGGAGAUCUACGGACCACGUUACUCCCAGUCCGCAGUCCUCAACAGAGCCCAAGCCUACGUCCAAGCCCAAGCUCAAGCCCAAGCCCAGCAAAACCAGAUGUACAGACCACCACCGGCACAACAACACGCCCAAGGCCAUCCAGCGCAAGUCCCGGCACCAGGCCAGAAUCCGGCCCACCAAUACGGACCGCAACAUGGCCAAAGCGCAAGCUAUGGCGGACCAGGGGUGUCGAGCGAGCAUCGCCCCUACCGGUGUGACGUCUCGAAUUGCCCGCUAAGUUUUGCUCGCAGUCAUGAUUUGAAGAGGCACAUGUUGGUGCAUUUCCCAGAAAAGCCGUUUGCUUGUGAGAGCUGUGGGAAGAGGUUUGGGAGGCAGGAUGCGCUUAAGAGACACAUUUUACAAACCACAAGAGGCUGCGGCUCCAAUUACACAAUCGAGAUUGGCUCAAGUCUAUCUCCGUCCCAGAUUUCAACACCAGAGUCAGGGGCCGCGAGAGACGCCGACGCCAACCAUGACACCCACAACACUCCGUCAGCAAACAGGAAUGGCAGUACCAACAGGGCAAGAUCACCAUCGGUAUUAAGUGACACGGAGCGGAAUCGCGGACGAGAUCGCCAACGAAAACGGAAAAGAGAUCACGAAGGAGGAGAAGACGGCACGGACACCGACAACGAUUACGAACCAUCAGCACGUGCAAGUCAAAGUCCGAGCCCAAAUCCAACUCAGCAGGGUCCGAGUCAAAGUCAAGGUCGGGGGGAGGAAAGCCAGACGCAAAGUCAAAGGGAGAAUCCAGCGAGUCAAAGGCAAAGGAAAAGCCCAAGUUAUCACAAACAACGUCAAAAAGAACUCCAAAGUCGAUGGGUUAUUGGCACGUCGCGCGCAAGUCAUGGUACGGCGGCGGCCGGGGAGGAAACUGCAGGGGCAGGGGCAGGGGCAGGGGCAGAGACAGUGGCAAGAGGAGAGGCAUUUGAAGUUCAAGGGAAAAGAACGGCGCCGGGGGCAUCAUCAUCAUUAUCAUCAUCAUCAUCAAAGCCAUCAUCACUACCCGUAACGCACGCCGGAAUUGAGCCGCCUGAUCCGGCGAUGGUCAAGGUGUUCAAGUCCUUUGUGUCUCAGAUACAAAAUUCGUAAAACAUGCAGAUACAAAUACAAAUACAAC